CCUGGCUGCUUUCGACCAUGGUAGAAGCUCGACGCCACCUCAGGCUGCUAUGGCAGAUGUGUUCGAGGAAGAGGAGGAAGACGAGGCCGCUGCCAACCGCAUGGUCCGACCAGACAGCCCGCAUGCUUGCAGCGUCGAUGAUCAUUCGGCAUUGGGAGUUCACCUCGUUGAGACGGCAGAUUUUGCUCUCACGGACGUCACCGCGACGCCAAGUUUAGACGACGGCUGGGAGAUUCCCGCCUCGUCAUACUCAAGCCGGAGUCCUCAUCUGUCAGCACCUAUGCUCGAGCGACGCCCAUCAUCCAUCAUCGAAGAUACCAUUCCCGAGGAGUGCAGUCCAGUCGAGCCCGCAAUCGUCGAGUCCUACGAAGAGCCCAGAGCGUCUUCGCUUACGAAAUCAUCCGACAGCAGUGAAGCUUCCACUAUUUUGGGAGCACCCAUUGACAUACUAGCUCUGCCUGUUGGCCAUACCUGCGAGAAGACACACGAGACGUACAGUUCGUCGGCAUUCUCCUCACCGGAUUUCAAUCGCCGACAGAGCUCAUUCGACACAUCUCGCGUCGGCACAUCAGCAUCCUCCAUCACGGACAAUCGCACCAUGAGCUCUUACACCACCCUCGACCACUCGCAUGAAGUCCGCGGGUCUGUCGACGAUGUUCCAUCCCUGACCAGCAGUCGCUCCACCAUGUUGAGCAUGCUGCAUGCGAAUCUGUCGCGGCGCGAUGUGGGCGGCAGUCGGACACCGUCGGUUAAUUCGAGCUCUCAGAACUUGGCCUCUGCACAACAGCGCAAGCGUUCUAGCAUUCACAGCUUGUCGCAAUUGAUGGGAGGAACGUUUGGUUCCCGGUCGACCGGAACCGAAGAUGGUCGACCACGAACGUCGAUGUCUUCGGCCUUGACCGCAGGUCCCAAGAAGAAGGAGCAUCGGCUCAAGAAGCUCAUGUUUUGGAAGUCGAAACAUCGACAAUCCGGCACCUCGACUUCAACAUAGAUGAUAGCAUCUCACCGGCAGCACGGACUACACAAGUCCGCGCCCAUGUUUCUUUUUACGACAUACUUAAUUGACGAGCGUUAUGGCAUUUCCCAAGGUCGCAUUCGGCGACUCACGAGCAAGGGAGGAGACGACGUUUUCUGUUGGAUGAGGCACAACCAUUUCACGUACGAGAGAGCGGCGAGGAGGAAGGCGUUGACAUUUGGCUGGAGUUUCGAGGAUUACGUAGACGGGAAGAAGUUCACGACUUCGGGCUGAUGGGAAGGGUAUGAGUUUUCAUUUCCAUGCACGGACGGGCGGACUGGCACUUUUACUCAUGGUGUCUUGAAAGGCAGGCAUCAGUCGGAGGAAGACUUGAUAGGAACUCGCCACGAGCGAUGUGGACGCACAACUAGCAUACAUAGAACGCAAUUGAUGAACCAUUGUGUUUGCAG